AUGGGUAGAACCACGAACCUUUCUGAGCUAGCGGAGCAUGAUUAUCUGAAGGAAAGGUCAUUGAUUACAGGUCAAUCGAAGCGAGUGGGACCGUUACGCCGUACUCGAACCAAAAAAUCUUGUACAAAUGCAGAUACUUGUAUCGAGAGCGAGCACGGGAUAGGCAGGAGCUGGAAUGUCUCAACUCAAAGAUUGGCAAAUCUCAGCGUCUUCUACGUUGUGCGCAAUUUGAGGCUUCCGCAGGUUCUACGAAGAUUGCAUCUUUUACAAGGAACGUCGGCGGCCGACUUGGAUGACGAGGUAUUCUUCUCUCGUGCUCAAAUCUCGAGUGAAAGCGGAUUUACCGCGUAUCAGCGUCCAGAUCUCCAACAAGUACAGGUUGAAGCACUUAUGGCACUUUACUUCAUGGUCUCUAUGCAAAUGACCAGAGCUUGGAAGAUUUCAGGGAUAGCUGCGAGAUCGGCCAUGGAAUUAAAAAUCAAUGAAAAACUUCCAGGCUUAAAGCUUGAUCACGCAUCCCAGGAAGCUCGUUCUCGUCUUUGGUGGUCUAUCUACAUGUUAGAGAGUCUGUUGUCCCGUAUGAUAGCGAAGCCGACAUGUAUAGACAGCGGAGCAUGCUCCAUUGAUCAGCCUGUACCGUUUCAAGAAGAUAUGUUUAGCGGUCUGGAUGCCGCAGAAAUCCUAAAGAACAACGAUCUCCGCAGAAGGCGCCUCAAGUGGUCACUAGAUGACCACGAUGGUGAGGAAGAGGCUCAAGUUGAUUGGCUGGGAGAGAUAAAACCAAACCAGGGAUUAUAUUUUUACCAUUUGAUUGAUCUGGUGCAUAUAGUACAGGGUUUUACCUACGAGUUCGCUAUCCUGAUAAGGUUACAAGAAAGUCAGAGGUAUAUUGCACAGCGAAUCACUUUUUACAACAGGAAACUAGAUUACUGGUUAUACCGACUUCAUCCAGCCUUUCAGUUCAUUGAUGACGUUGAUGCCUGUUUCCCAGAACAUCCAUCGUUGGAGCGGACAAGCUUGGGUAUGCACUAUUAUAGUGCGCGCAUUACUCUCUACCAGCAAGCCUCUCUCUCCCACAGCCACGGCUCUUCGGAUAGGCCGAUACACAACUACAUAAGCCAGAGGUGUCUUGACGCUGCGUUCAGCUUAAUCUCAAUAUACCCGGAUACCGUGGACAUGGAUUGGAUAUACAAUGCAUCUCCAUGGUGGUUGAAUCUGUACUUUAUUAUGCAGGCAGCUACAAUCUUCAUCAAGGCUCAAAAGAACUUCGAAAACAACCGCAGCAAGAUGGACAGCAAGGCGUUUCACGACAUAAACAGAAUUCGAAUCCAAAAUGCGCGUUUUAAGGUCUAUCGAUGGCUCCAGUCACUCUCCGGAGUCAACGAGCUCUACCGCCGUGCAUUCCUGCUUUAUGACAAUAUGUGUCAUCAUGUUGGCUUAUUCAAUUCGUCCAUUGUUGCGCCGGAAAUAUCUUUUACUAGUCAGGACCAUGUUACAUGCACGUCUUACAUGACGCUACCUGAGCAUCAGGCCGCUAUAGCGGCGAGCCAAUAUCAUUUUGCCUCGUUUACGGAUCAGAACAAUGCAGGACCACCUUUCUUUGAAUUCGACCGAGUUUGA